CCCGGCCGGGAUGAGAAGGUGACGCCGCCGGGGGGCGCCACUCGCUUUGUGGGGAAGAUGCUCGCCUACUGCGUGCAAGAUGCUACCGUGGUGGACGUGGAGAAGCGGAGGAGCCCCUCUAAACACUAUGUAUACAUUAUCAACGUGACCUGGUCCGAUUCCACCUCCCAGACCAUCUACCGGAGGUACAGCAAGUUCUUUGACCUGCAGAUGCAGCUUCUGGAUAAGUUUCCUAUUGAAGGUGGUCAGAAGGAUCCUAAACAAAGGAUUAUUCCUUUCCUUCCAGGCAAGAUCCUCUUCCGGAGAAGUCACAUCCGAGACGUGGCCGUGAAGAGGCUGAAGCCCAUCGAUGAGUACUGCAGGGCGCUUGUCCGGCUGCCUCCCCACAUUUCACAGUGUGAUGAAGUCUUCCGGUUCUUUGAGGCACGGCCUGAGGAUGUCAACCCCCCAAAAGAAGACUAUGGCAGUUCCAAGAGGAAAUCAGUGUGGUUAUCCAGCUGGGCUGAGUCUCCCAAGAAGGACGUGACAGGUGCCGACACCAACGCCGAGCCCAUGAUCCUGGAACAGUACGUGGUGGUGUCCAACUAUAAGAAACAAGAGAACUCGGAGCUGAGCCUCCAGGCCGGGGAGGUAGUAGAUGUCAUCGAGAAGAAUGAAAGCGGCUGGUGGUUUGUGAGCACAUCUGAAGAGCAAGGUUGGGUCCCUGCCACCUACUUGGAGGCCCAGAAUGGCACACGAGACGACUCAGACAUCAAUACCUCCAAGACUGGAGAAGUGUCCAAGAGACGCAAAGCUCACCUGCGGCGCCUGGAUCGCCGGUGGACCCUGGGCGGGAUGGUCAACAGGCAGCACAGCCGAGAAGAGAAGUAUGUCACCGUGCAGCCCUACACCAGCCAAAGCAAAGACGAGAUCGGCUUCGAGAAGGGCGUCACCGUGGAGGUGAUCCGGAAGAACCUGGAGGGCUGGUGGUACAUCAGAUACCUAGGCAAAGAGGGCUGGGCACCAGCAUCCUAUCUGAAAAAGGCCAAGGAUGACCUGCCGACCCGGAAGAAGAACCUGGCAGGUCCUGUGGAGAUCAUAGGAAACAUCAUGGAGAUCAGCAACCUGCUCAACAAGAAGGCAUCUGGGGAUAAGGAGGCUCCGGCUGAAGGCGAGGGAUCCGAGGCCCCCAUCACCAAGAAGGAGAUCAGCUUACCCAUCCUCUGCAACGCCUCCAACGGGAGUGCCCUGGGCAUUCCUGAGAGGACCACAUCCAAGCUGGCCCAGGGCUCCCCAGCCGUGGCCAGGAUUGCCCCUCAGAGGGCCCAGAUCAGCUCCCCAAACCUGAGGACAAGACCACCCCCGCGCAGAGAAUCCAGCCUGGGGUUCCAGCUGCCAAAGCCACCAGAGCCCCCUUCUGUUGAGGUAGAGUACUACACCAUUGCUGAAUUCCAGUCCUGCAUUUCUGAUGGGAUCAGCUUUCGAGGCGGACAGAAGGCAGAGGUCAUCGACAAGAACUCAGGUGGUUGGUGGUACGUGCAGAUCGGGGAGAAGGAGGGCUGGGCCCCAGCCUCAUACAUCGAUAAGCGCAAGAAGCCCAACCUCAGCCGCCGAACCAGCACUCUGACCCGGCCCAAGGUGCCUCCCCCCGCACCCCCCAGCAAGCCUAAGGAGACCGAGGAGAAUCCUGUGGGUGCCUGUGAGGGCCAGGGCUCCCCGCUGAAGUUUAAGUAUGAGGAACCCGAGUAUGACAUCCCUGCCUUUGGGUUUGACUCAGAGCCUGAGCUGACUGAAGAGCCCACAGAGGACAGAGGCUCAGGUGAUAAGUGUCCUGCCCAGCCCCGACGGGCCUCACCGGCCUCUUCCCUGCAACGGGCCCAUUUCAAGGUGGGUGAGUCUUCUGAGGAUGUGGCCCUGGAAGAAGAGACCAUCUAUGAGAAUGAGGGCUUCAGGCCAUACACAGAAGAUACCCUGUCUGCCAGAGGCUCCUCUGGGGACAGUGACUCCCCUGGAAGCUCGUCUUUGUCCCUUGCCAUGAAAAACUCCCCUAAAUCAGAUUCUCCCAAAUCCUCAUCACUCCUAAAGCUCAAGGCAGAGAAGAAUGCCCAGGCAGAGCUGGGGAAAAACCAGUCCAACACCUCCUUCUCCUCCUCCGUCACCAUUAGCACCACCUGCUCUUCCUCCUCCUCCUCUUCCUCCUUAUCCAAGAACAAUGGUGACCUGAAGCCACGUUCUGCCUCAGAUGCAGGCAUCCGUGACACCCCCAAGGUCGGGACCAAGAAAGAUCCUGAUGUGAAGGCCGGGCUGGCUUCCUGUGCCCGAGCCAAGCCAUCUGUCCGACCAAAGCCAGUCCUGAACCGAGCCGAGUCUCAAAGCCAGGAGAAGAUGGACAUUAGCUCCUUACGGCGCCAGCUGAGGCCCACAGGCCAGCUCCGGGGGGGCCUCAAGGGCUCUAGGAGUGAGGACUCAGAGCUGCCCCCCCAGACAGCUUCUGAGGGGUCCAGGAGAGGUUCUGCAGAUAUCAUUCCUCUCCCAACCACCACUCCCCCAUGUGUCCCCAAGAAGGAAUGGGAAGGGCGAGGCAUCACCUAUGUGACAUGCAGCGCCUAUCAGAAGGUCCAGGACUCUGAGAUCAGCUUCCCCGCAGGCGCUGAGGUGCAUGUGCUGGAGAAGGUGGAAAGCGGGUGGUGGUAUGUGAGGUUUGGGGAGCUGGAAGGUUGGGCUCCUUCCCACUAUUUGGUGCCCGAGGAGAACCAGCAACCUGACACGGCUAGCAAAGAGCCAGACACAGUAAAGAGCUCCCAGAACGAAGGCAAGUCGGACAGCCUGGAAAAGAUUGAGAAGCGCGUGCAGGCACUUAACACUGUGAACCAGAGCAAGAGGGCCACCCCACCCAUCCCCUCUAAGCCCCCCGGGGGCUUCAGCAAGACCUCGGGCACUGUAGCAGUGAAGAUGAGGAACGGUGUCCGGCAAGUGGCCGUCAGGCCCCAGUCUGUGUUUGUGUCUCCACCACCCAAGGACAACAACCUGUCCUGUGCCCUUCGGAGGAACGAGUCGCUAACGGCCACUGACGGCCUUAGAGGUGUCCGCAGGAACUCCUCCUUUAGCACUGCGCGGUCAGCAGCCGCGGAGGCCAAAGGCCGCCUGGCAGAGCGGGCUGCCAGCCAGGGCUCAGAAUCACCCCUACUGCCUACCCAACGCAACGGCAUCCCUGUCUCUCCUGUGCGUCCUAAGCCCAUAGAGAAGUCCCAGUUCAUCCACAACAACCUCAAGGAUGUGUACAUCUCUAUUGCGGACUAUGAGGGGGAUGAAGAGACAGCUGGCUUCCAGGAGGGGGUGUCCAUGGAGGUGCUAGAGAGGAAUCCCAAUGGCUGGUGGUACUGCCAGAUCCUGGAUGAGGUGAAGCCCUUCAAGGGCUGGGUACCCUCCAACUACCUUGAGAAGAAGAACUAACAGCACGGGGUCCUUCCAGACUCGAUGUGCUGCUUUGGCUGCCACUGGAUGAAUGGUGGCGCGAUAGACACGGGGAAGGGACAAAACUGGGAGGGGGGAGGGGGAUGACAACAUUGAACCCUGAAGAACAUGUGACCCCCCAAUACACCCUCCAGCUGGAAGGGAGGGUGUGAUGGGCGUGCACACUUUAGUAGGAGAAAGGGAACAGCAGGAAUAUCCUGGGCCCAGGACCCCCGAGUGCACACUGCAUGCUGAUGGACCGUACGCCAUUUAGCACAGGCCAUGUGGAAAAGCCUAACUGUGCCUUGCUGCAGAUCUGGAAAAGAUGUCAUGAGGUGUCCCGGGUCCUGCCCUGCUCAGCCACUUCAGUGGCCGGCUUCUUGCCUCUGGAAGUCAUCCUUGCAUUGCCCUAAUGAUGUGUUGGAGAUUGUGUUGGUUUCUAGUCCACCACCGACCACUGGUGGGUGUCCUGGAAAACCACUUGCUCUGGGGCUUGGCAGUGUCUCCAAAGAGCUCAGCCCUUUCUGGGGCCAGGCCACAGCCUAUGUUUGGGUUAAGAGUUCCCAGGUGCCAACAAGGACUGUCUCUUCUUGCUGUGUUGACUUGGCCUGGCAAGGAGAGCCAGCCUUCCUCAGGGCACAUGGAGGACAGUGUGGGAGUUGACCUGAAGGAUGCCAGGCUCCUCCUAAUCUAGAGAUUGCUUGAGGAAUUCCGGGUAGGCAGUUCCUUUUGCAUGUUUGGGAAAGCAUUAUUGGUUGGAGGUUAUAUAUCAGGCGUUUGGUUUGGGGUUUAUUUUAGAAGUUGUUUGGGGGCCCGAGGGGCUCAGGCUCACAUAGAGAGGGGGUAGUGGUGGGUGGGGUUUCCAUUGAAUUCCAUGGAGGGAUGCUUUAUUUGGAUUUUGGUUUAAUGUCUUUUGCCUUUCCAUACACCAGGUUGUUUGUUUAGGUUCCCACUGUGUACACAGUGCCUGAGCAUGGCACUUCAACAGGGAACUUGGGACUGGGUAAAGCCAAGUCCCUAGCACGGUGAAACAAAGUGUUCAGGUCCCUGCCCAAGAGGGAAAGAGGACAUUGUUAGAAGCCAGCCUGCUGGGUGGCUAAUCUGCCUGCUUCUGCCCACUUUCUCCAACCUGGGCAGAAGGGACCCUGGCUGAGUCAGCCUGGAGCAGAUGCUGUCCACUGUGCCCCUUAGCCUGCUGGCAAGGCACCCAAGAAGAUGGAGGACUUCGAAGCCAGGAACCAACCCCGUCUUUCUGAGGGGCAGCGCCCCACGGGGGACAGAGAAGCAAAAGAGUUUGCUGCAGCCCUCUGUCUGCUUUGGGUUGUGAGUCAACGGUUGACAUUUCAGAGGGGACCCUCUGGACAGAAGCCCAGCAGCGUCCUUCAAGGACUCCCCUCAUGCCGGGAGUGGAUGCCACAUGUGCCUUUGAUUUGGGAUAGAUCCUGCCUCACAGCCUGUGGCUGAGCUGCCAGCAUCUCCCCCGACCAAGAGCUGCUGGUUCCAACAGACACGGGAGGAAGAACGCCCCUCCCCCUCCUCCCAGGCAGGUCUGCCUCAGCUCCCACCCCAUACCUCCUGGAUCCCUAAGCCCAUGUUCUUCCCACAGGCGGAUACAAACCGCUAGCCUCCUCUGUCAAAAGCCUGUGGUGGGUGACAUUGUUCCAUUUCCUUUUCUGUGUUCAUGAGUUUGUUUAAAAUUGAAAUUAGUUAUUUUCUUCUGCUGGACAGUAUUAAAUAGAACGGGGUGUUGAGUUAAUCUGCUAGAUUGCAGUACUAAUGGUAGUGGUGUAGUGUCUUCAUGAUAUUAUUUGUACUUAUUUGAACAAUAAUGAUAAAGAAGUGGUUCAUUAUUUCUUAAUUAAUGCACUUUAAAUAAGGUGGAGUGGAAAGAAACCCGGAGAGCAAAGUGCAUUACUUUAAAGAUGCAGUAUAUACUCUUCUCAUUUUUAAAACAGCACAUAUUUAUUAAAAGAGGAGAAAAUAAUUUAUGACUAUUUAAAAUAAAAUUUAAAGUAGAGCGGC